GCAAUUCGUGUUGGGCCUAAAGGGCCCACGAAGUAGAUACUAAAGGAUGCCCUCAUCGAUGAAUGCUUUUGCCCGAACUCCUUCGACGACCGUCUUCCCCAAUCGCCUGCGUCUCUCUCUGAAUUGACAAGCUUAAAGACAAAGUCUUAAAUGGCUGGUCCAAGGAUUGCCCAUGCUACCUUGAAAGGUCCGAGUGUGGUUAAGGAGAUAAUAAUUGGAAUAACACUUGGCUUAGCUGCUGGUAGCGUGUGGAAGAUGCACCACUGGAAUGAACAGAGGAAAACCAGGACCUUCUACGAUUUACUGGAAAAGGGUGAGAUCAGUGUUGUUGCAGAGGAACAGUGAAAAUGUUCUUGUUUUGUUGCCUAUGCUCUCCAUUUAUAGGCUUUUUUUCCCAUGCUAUAUUCAAUUGGCUCUUCAACUGUAAAUGAGCCAACUUACUAUUAGAUUGAAAAGAAUAAGUUUCUUACACUGAUUGAGUACUAUGUUGGCUUGGAAAAGUUUCAUGCAGUUAUGUUUUUAUUUUGUGCUUGGCUUA